CAUCUUACAUUUUCUUGCUAUGAAAACACAUAAGGCUUAUCAUUUUAUAAAAAGAGGUUUUGUGUGUAUUACUAACUCUGUAUAGGUUGAACCCAACAAUCACUCCGUAACACAAAGUAGUAGAAGUUUAAAAACACUUCUACUACUAACCGUAACUGUCAGGUAUAUAGAAAUAAAGAUUUCGGUUAAUAAAAAUAUUAUCUAUCGUGGGUAGAUAUUAAUAAAUCAGUUGAUACGUGACAGCUGUUUGAUUUAACACAUCCCGUGCAUUAAAAAGACUUUACAUGGCGCAGUCGGUAGGAUUUAAGAAAUUUUAAGUUUUAGUAGUGUAAAACUGUUGUAUAGACCGGGUAAAGUGAAAAAUAAGACCGUGUAAGAAUACAAAGUGUUAUUGUAUAACAAUGAAUAACGCGUUACAACCACCACCGCCAUUUUGCUUCGAAAAUGACUUAGCCAACGUCAUGACGGGUAAUAUCAGCCGGGAGUGGAGCAGAUGGAAAAAUAGAUUUUUAAUAUACAUGAAGGCAAUAAAAUUGGACAAGGAAACGGCGGAUGUGCAAAUUAAUGUUUUGCUUCAUAUCGUCGGUGAAAAGUGUCAAGAGAUAUUUGAACAAUUUAACGAACAAUUUAGUUCGGCUGAACGGCUACUGGCUAAGUUUGACAAUUACUUCAGUGGAAAAAAGAAUUUAACUAUUGAGAGACAAAAAUUUUUUGCACGUAGUCAAGUCGACUGUGAGUCAAUAGAACAAUACAUUAACGAGUUGAGUAAAUUGUCAUUGUCCUGUGAAUUUCAAAACUUAAGUGAAGAUCUGGUCAAAGACAGGCUGAUUUAUGGCAUCAAAGACGACGGCCUACGCGAACGACUGUUAAGGGAGCAGGACCUCACGCUUACGAAAACAGUGGAGAUUUGCAAGUUAGCAGAAAUGUCAAGAGCUCAGGCUAGCUUUAUAAAGCGGGACCAUUUAUUACGCGAGCAAGUGAACAUUGAAGAAAAUAUUCAUGCAGUGCAGCGGACCAACCCCGCGACCGGCAGUGUGUGUACAUGUGCAUGUGGAGGCAACUCGAGUCGGGCCGGUAGCGGCAGGUCGGCGAGACCGACAUACGGCGAGCGCGUCGCGCCCGCUGGCGGGCUGCGUGACGGCGGCGAGCGCGCGGUGACGUCAUCGCGGCGACCGGCGCGAGCGGCGCAGUGGCAGCGCGGCACUUGCAACCGCUGCGGCACUGCGCAUUCCAAAUUCGACUGCCCGGCGUACGGAAAGAGAUGCAGAAAUUGUAAUAAAUUAAAUCAUUACGCAAAAAUGUGCCGGGCGGGUCGGGUCCAUGCCGUGCAGGAGGACUCUUCGGACCGGGACAGUGAGGCCUCCUGAUCGGUACAGGUAUCCCUAAACAACUGGUAAGAUAACGAAAACUAAAACUCAAAAAUUUGUUGAAAAGACGAAAUGUAUAUUUUAUAUUAUAAUACUUAGAACAAUAAGGUAAUUAACUAAGCCUUUUGAUUUUUGUAUUAAUUUUUUUUUUGUUUGUUUGCAUGGUUUUGUAUUUUUAUUUUUUCAUUCUCUGUUAGUUACAUUGCACUUAGUUAUAUCUUGUCAUUUUUUAGUUAUUGUAGUUGUUUUUUUUUUUAUCUCUUUCAGAAAUAUUGUAUAGAUUGUAGGAAUAACUUAAGCUGGGGGAUGGUUUGCUAUUUGUAACUUUUCUUUUAAUUUUUAUUUAUUGUGUUUUAUUUCGUAUUAAGUUUUUUAUUUUUAUUAUUAUGUUCAAACAUCUGUUUAAAAGAAGGGGGAUGUCAGGUAUAUAGAAAUAAAGAUUUCGGUUAAUAAAAAUAUUAUCUAUCGUGGGUAGAUAUUAAUAAAUCAGUUGAUACGUGACAGCUGUUUGAUUUAACACAUCCCGUGCAUUAAAAAGA